UGACGCCAUAAAUUAUGCGCAGUAAGGAUGCGCAAUACAAAUGUGAGGAAUGACCUUAAAUGACAUCAACCAAGCAAUAGUUAGCCAGAUGCACUUAAGUAAAGAAUGAGUUGAUGUUAAAUCACUGUGAUGCUGUCCAUAAUAGUACGGUAAAAUUCUCUGUAAUUUCUUUUAGGAAUCACAGAACAUGCCAGCUUUUACAGUCCAUUAGUCUUCAUGCAAUGGAUUUUGGCCAUUUAUCUUGUCUUAAAGCAUUCACUGAAAGGGGAUUCCUGUUCCUAAUGAUGGCUAGUAAAUCAGGAAAGGAAAUUGUUUCUGGAGGAGACACAAAUACUGGUGCUUGUUUGUUAUUUGCCUUGAAUCCCAAAACCUCAAAAAUGAUAUGUUUGGAAUACUUUAACCUAGAACAAAGUCUGAACACACUAGGUACAAAUGGUCAAUAUAUUGCUGCGGGACAUCAGGCAAAGGGCAAAGUGAACAUUUGGAACAUAACCAACAAUCAGAGACAUUCUACUCUUCAAGUGUUCCAAGAUGAAGUGAGCAGUAUUGGAUUUCAUCAAGACAGGCCUGUUGUAGCGUUUGGUAGCACUGGUGGUUGUGUUCAUUUGUUUUCUUUGUGUUGACAAAGAUUUCUUAUGAUAAGCAAGAGCAGUCUGAGCAGCACAUUUUAAUUGAUUUCUACAAACGAUCAAACGAUUACUGAUACUUGAUUUCAUAGCUGCUCUGGGAGGAAGUUGUAUUGAAGGAGAAACUUGUACAUAUUCGUGACUGGCCAAAUUAUAGCCUUAUAGUCCUACAAGGAGUAUUUUGAAAAAUAACAAAUAUUGUUAUAUUUGUCGCUGGUGUUUGUUGUGCUUUCUUCACAGUAAUUUCAAGCUUUAAUCAUUAACUGCAAACAUGCAAUAUAUUAAAUAAAUUAGUUCAGAAGAGCUUCACAGCAGACAUGACAUUUAGCCCACAUGAAAGGAAAAGUGUUUUACAUUAAAGAACAUAAAAUGGAAGUCAGGAAAAUAUUUUAUUACUGAUGCAAUUAUAUUGGUGUAGAAUUAACGUAGAAGUUUAAAAAAGUUGGUCAUUUAUAAUACAUAAAUAAAAUUAAAAAGAAAAUCUUUGUUCAAGUGUCAAACCAUGUAGCCUGGGAGAAACCCAUACUGACAAGGGGACAUAGACUAAUGCAAAAUACAAAACUGACAAGACUCAAAUAUCCACACUAAAAUAUGAAUAAUACAAAAUGCAGUCUGAAAUGUUUUAAAGAUAAUACUGAACACCAUAGGUAAUGUGUCGAUUGCCGAUCUAAUGUAAAAAAUCUGUUAAUUUCACUAAGAAGAUUUAGAAGUGCCAUGCUAAGCAAAGGAUACAACCCUUGCAUCUGGCUUCUGUCAUUGGCACACCUAAAACACUGGAGUCAUUUUAAGGAUUACCCCAACUCCCAAGAAUAAAAUGUUUCAUCCUUGACUGCUAGCCUGAGUCAUAACACAGAAAAUUAGAACUUGGUCUAAAUAUGGAAAGACGAAACACCAAACAGUGUUUUAAAAGUGGCACCGAAGAGAAAAAUCAUGGGUUAGAUAUUCAAGGGGUAAAAACCUUGGCGAUGGGAAGGACCCGGAGAAUUUAUGGAGCAAAGACGUAACGCUCAAUGCGCUUUCAGGUGUGUUGAGACUACAGCUUUCAGGACUUCAGAGAACAAAAUGGUUAUGUGCAGUAUUGUUUCGAAGUUGGUUUCGGCUUUUUAAAGGACUGGUAAAUCUACAGCCGAUAAAAUGACUGCAAAGCCGUCGGCAAAAGUAAUAUUCACAUUACGCUUUAGCGUGAAUAAUUAACAGUUAUUCCCCGCAGUGGUGGUUAUAAUCCAUCAAAUAUUUUCGCUGGCGCGCGAUUGGUCUAAACGCGUCACCUGACCGAAUAUGUCCCAGCUAAAACGGGGAAUAUCCGAAUGAAAGUUCAUAUCAGUAUAUCAACAUGGAUUGGCCAGUCUUCUGAGCAGAAUACACAUGCCUUCCAUGACAUCACAGACAGUUCUUUGGGAACAGACAAUUUGCAAGUUGUUCAACAGCAAUUCCCGAUCAUUCUUGCCAAAUCAUAACUCAGUCCAGCAAUCCUCAAUCAUCUGCCCAAUUGUCAAUGUUAAAGCGUUCAAAAUUUGAAAGGGGAAAAACUGGCUUCGACAUGUUAGCAUCAUACAGUAAAGCAAAUUCUACGUCAUCAAUAAUGUUUUGAGAAUAUGCAAUUACCAAGGCGUCGCGAACACUGGCUACAUCAUUAGCGUACAUGUAUAAUGUAAACCUCGCGAAGCCGAAUUUCACGCGUUUGAGAUUACGUGAAUUUCUAUGCGCCAUCUCGCUUUCGAUAGACAUGACGACACAAAAUCGACAGUAAGAAGGUUUGGUAUAAUGCACAGAAAUAAAAUGUUAACCUCACAGUGAAUGGUGCUUAUCACUUUGACUUACUUAUAACGAAGCUUUAUCUUAAAAUUUAUACAGCUCUUGAAAAACUUUGAGCCUUUAUAAACUUUUAUACAAACGUCGAUUACAACCUGAGGAUUUCUUUCUUUCCAGCGUAAAAUUAUUAACAUCUGGUUCCACGUUUCUUUCUCCCUCAUCUGUGACCUGGCUGAAAAGCUUGACUAGUUCGAGGAGAAAGUAAUAUUCGAGAACAAGUUUUUUUUUCGACGUCUUGUCUUUGCGAGGUGCUAAAUCGCUCUUUACUCGUAACGCGACGGCGUUGUAGACCCAUCCUAAUCGGUCAUGGCACAGUGCGCGCGCGGUCGUCGAAAGGCUCUCGUCGUGUUUGCUGAAUCUAUCUAUUGCCCAGAAGCAUAUGAGGUGAUAUGGUUCUGAUUGCCAAGUUGCUUCGGCGAGUUAUCUUCAAUAGGAGUUGUAAAGCCUUCCAAUGCCUGUCCUCACACUGAGAUAAAACGCACUUUUAAACAUAGUCACGUGACUGAUGACGUCAUCACACCAAGUUUCCGGAAGAUAAAUCGGUGUAUAUGGCAUGACAAGGGUUUAUUUUCCUUUAUAAUAUAGAUAGGACCCUGCGCGCGCUCUGAUUGGUCAAAAACCCAUGUUUUAUCAGG